AAUACAGUAUAGGCAGUACACCGUCGGCCCGCGUCCCGUUUGGUGCAACGACGUAACAUCAUAAUACACAGAUAAUAUUUUCUUUUUUUCUUUAUUUUCGGUUACGCGGAUAUACGCGUACGAGAUACCAUUACCUGCCUAUAAAACAUCACGCCUCGUCUACUUCCGUAUCUAUAAAACAACAAUAAUAUUGUUACUGUCACCGCGAACGCUAACGAUGAUUUCUUCGUGCUACCGCGGCGUGUUCGUCUUGUUGACAGCGAUCGCGCUACAAACGCCUCGCGCGGCCGUCUCUCAGGGUGAGUGAUCUUCACGCAAAAAUAAUUUAAAAAAAACCAACAGCCUAACCUACUCACAUCAUUGAUGAAGGCGUACCCGGUAUUUUUCAAUGGACGGGGGGGGGCUGGGGGUUAGUAGUAGUAAACUCAAUUCGAAUAAAUUCGUACAAUUUUGCAAGCAAGGUAUAAUAUAUAAAGUACAUAACAAGCCUCAGUAGCACGGUGAACAAUUUAAAACCUUGAUGUUCAACUUAUAACUCAGUAUACCUACCCGCCUCUAUAAGCACCCGGAGAGCGCCCCCCCCCUAGCUUUUAAUAUUUUUCUUUUUAUAAUAUUGUGUACAUAUAUAAGUGAUACUUAAUGUCGGCGGUAGGUUUUUAGGGGUCGUUGGGCGGGCGAUGCAAAGCUUUUAAACGCGGAAUGAUGGACAAAUAAAAAAGCACCAGCGUUCAACGACACGUAUUAUCGCACGUCAAAUCAAAAUAGUUGUGUGUAUGACUAUGACACCAUAAAAGUACCAUAAAAACCCUUUCACCACGUCACUGAUAAUAAGCUUUUUACACACGUUUAUUUUGCAAAAUUCAUAAUAAAUUGUGUAGUGCAUUUUAGUGUAAUACGUACUCGUAUACUAGUUAAAAUUACCAUUUUUCACUAGGUUGCAGAGUUGUGUAGUGCCAAUGUGUAAUUAUGUACCUAUCUACUAUUAUUUGACUAUAGUAAUAAUACGUAAGUGCAACGCUGAAUAGUUUAUAUUUAGCUACUUUCUCUGUACAGUACGAUUUUUCACUAAAUCUAAACUUUCACAACACGAAACGGCAAAACGAAAAUUUUCACACACUUUAUUUUAUUAUAGUUUAUUGAUGUACGCAUAGGCGACUUAAACGCACUUAUUAUACAACUAUAGAAGAUGUGCACGGCACUUUCAAGAAAUAUCGGAGGGGCGGGAGAUGGUAUGUUCAUGCUGUUAUUUAUAAUAUAUCAGCUAUUACUGUUUAAUAUUAAAUUUGUUUAUUAUUUGGUAUAUUUCAUAUCUCAUGUGUUAGUAUUAUUUUUGUCAAAUAUUUUUUCUGGAUUAAGGGUCCGGUUGGCCAUGUACCGAACUUUAAGAAAUUGAAUUUGCCCCCCCUCUUAAAAAAAAAAUGUCAUGUAAAUUUGUGUACUAUAAACAUAUUUAACUAAUAUUUUAUAUACUCUUAUAUAAACCAAGUCCUCUGACCCUAUCCCCCGUCACUGGAUGUACGCCUAAUAAAUUAGUUACGAUAUUUUAAAUCUUGUAAAGCAUGUUAUACUAAUGUCCAAAUUUUCGUUGAAUUAUAAGGUGUUGUUAUCAAUUAUAUUAUACAAUUUUUUUUUUAUCUAUGAUUUAAUCGAUACGCUGAGAAAAAUUUCCUUAUUUUGUUUAUAAUAAAUUAGUCUGGAGGUACAUAUACACGUUUACUUUCUUUAAAAGAAUAAUACAGAUAUAAUAUUGUUUCGCAACUAAAAUUAUUGUCUACGGUAUAAAACAACUAUGCAUAAUAUUUUAGGUACAAAAGACACUGUUUAAAUUAUGAAGGUACCUACGUACCUAUAAGUUAGGUAAUAUAUUUUCGAAUCAAUAAAGACAUGAAACAUUGAUUAUUAUUAUGAAAAAAAAAAAACCGUUUGAAAUUCUAUUGGAUACCAUAUAGAUUGGAGUUACUAUAGAUUUAAUCCGUUAGGUAGGUACGUCGUUACAAGAAUGGGUAUAGAUACUUAAGAUUUUUAAUUACAAAGAAGCAGGAACUAACGUGAUAAUAAAUUUGAUGAAAUAGGUACAAAAUCGGGAGACAAGAUUAUAUUUUAGAAUAUUUAUGAGACAAAAUUAUGAACGAGUCAGUGUUGGGAAAGUUCCUUUUAAAAAGGAAUCCGUUCCCGUUCCUCGUUACUACUGUGAAAAAUAAACGCGGUUCUUUUGUUUUAUGUUUGUUUGUUUAUAUUUGUUUUUACGAAAACCACGCAGAUUAUAGAUAAUCAAUAAACAUUUUAUAAUGAUGUCCGCCAAUAAGCAAUAAAACGAUACAAUUAUAGUGCGACGAUGAUUGUUGUCGAAGCUCCCCCGCGUAGUUGUCGCGUUGGGAUUAGUCGUAAACAACUCCGCGGUGUUCAAUAAAAUGUAUCCAUGUCGUUCUUCUGUGACGUUAUAAAUGCGUUCAUGCGGCGAUUGUUCAAUACAAUCUCCAUUUGAUUUUGCUAUGUACAAUGCAUAUUUUAAAGGUGGCCGUAAUGGGCAUAUGAAACGGGCGGGAGCCUGAAACAUAAAAACCAUAGCAUAUAGGUAUACCUAUAACAUUUACGUUACCUAGUUUUAUUGUUUUGAGUAUAAAAAAAAAAAAAAAAACAUUUUACUUUAAUUUUAGUGCUGCAAACAGGGGAUUAGUAGUCCGAGGUCGAACAUGAACAAGAUUUAACAACGGGUUCCGGGUUCUAAAAAAGGGCGUAAAACGGGCAUUUUGACAACCUCCCAGUCUUCGAAGCAUGUUUAAAUCAUUCUGUACCGUGUAUAUUUAUACUUAAACAUAUUAUAUUGCAGAAUUCAAUUAGUAUCACGUGAUACUAUAAAUAUUAAUACGUCGGAAUUUGAUAUCAAUAAAGUCAUUAUUGUAAUUCUUGCUGUUUAGGUUGGGUUAGGCAAGCUAAUUCUUGCUGGUUAGUAUAAGAAAAAACGAUUGUUUAUUUAUUUAUUAAAAUAUCAAUUCCUCGAGGGCAUACAGGCUGUCCCAUGAAGAUUUCCCCCUUGAAUAUCUCCGGAGAUAAUAAAGAUAAUCAAAUUCUGUUUUUUUUUUUAUAUAUUACUCACAGGGAUGAGAACUACAAAUAUCUGUAAUAUCUGUAAUAUUUGAAUAAAAUUUUUUGUUUUUAGUAAAACAAUUAAAAAAAUAACUUUUAUUUUAUUAUUUUUGGAAAAUUUUAAGAUAACCAUUCUAUAGAGUUUAUUUUUCUGAAAAUUUGAAUGUAUCACACGUCUAUAUUCGAUGAAUAUUUUAUUAGUAACAGCCGUUUUAAAUUCUACUAAUCCUUGUGAAAACCGAUGUUAUCCAGGGAAUAACCUAACCGCGUUACAGCCAACUCGUACGGCCGUCUGCAUGAAAAAACGUCCCAAAAUGAAUCGUACGAUUAAUCGGCCACAGGCUGCAUACGCUAGGGUACGUUAAUUUACUUGUUACUUUAAUCUGCUUAGUAUAGGGAUAAUUCAUGUUUUUUGCGUGUUUUGUAAAAUAUUAUUUCGAACCAUGGCCCAUUAUACAUUUUAUAGUUCGUAAAGUUACGCAUUCAUACACGUGUAUAUGUCAAAAACAUACCCUACAAUGCAUGGUGUUGCUUCACGGCGACAACCGCCAAAAAUUGUUAGAAUAAGUUACCCAUCUACAAUAUAUGAUGGGUCAUGAUUCGAAAUAAUGCAUAUAUUUUUCAAAAAACGUAAAAAAACAUGAAUAAUCGCUAUACUUCGUGGGCUAAAGUAACAACCCUAGCGUACGCAGAACAGCCUGUGUCAGUUUAAUCGUGCGACUUAUUACGAUCAUGCUGUCAUUACGUUAUCAGAAGCGGAGUUUCUUAUCCUAGUCUUUAUGGUUAGUAAAAUACAAAUGAUUAGAACUAAUAAAAUUAUAAAUUUACAUAUUAAAUAAAACAAUAAAAAAAAAAAUAAAAUAAAAAAUAGACUAACAGUAAUAAAGAUUAAGUGAAAACAAAUACAAUUACUAAACUUAUAUUUAAUUGAAAAAUGUAUACAUAUUUAAUAUAAUUAAUACAUAUUUUUAAUAUUUAUAAUAAAAUAAAUCAAUAUUAGACACAUUAAUUGUGUGGCAUGCGAAAUCCAGAGGGCUGCGUAACCGUAGUUGGUAGUAUGAAAUUUAGUUUUAAAAAUUGGAACGUUUCUUGAAUAAUAAAAGAGGAACACUAAAGAUAAUUUAGAUAGUAAGUCGGGAGCAUCAGUAACACCAUUUAAUAAAUUAUAAAUAAAUGCAAUAUCAAACUCAACUCUUCGAUCAGUUAGAGGUUUAAGAUAAUGGAAAAUGGGGGGGGGGUAACACGAAAAUGAAAUAUUGUUAAUUUUAUGAAUUUAUUCUAAAAUUUAUUUAAACGAUCAAUAUUUGAUAUUUGAUAUAAAAGAAACAUAUUUCAGCACAGAGCGAACUAGAGAUAUAAACAGAGUGAUUAAUGCUUGGAUAUUAGAAAAAGCAAUAGUAUUACUAUUUAUAAAACCGAGUAUUUUCAUGAAUUUAUUACAAAUAAAAUAAAUGUGGUCAUUAACAGGUAAAUUGGAAGAGAAGAUUUACUAUGGUCUUCAUUAAUAAAAACAUUUUUAAAACAACUACUAAUCAUCGGUUCUAAUGGUUUUUCAAGGAGCUUAAGAAUAGCAGAUAAAAUCGAGAUAGGCCUAUAAUUAUUUGGGUAUUGUGGAAUUUGUUAUUGGCAUCAACUAACUUUUUGAAAAAAAUGAAAAAUGUGAACCCUAUUUGAGCAUCCCAUGGCAAUUCCUUUGUCCUCUUGUAAUCAGGUAAAGCUUACCAUUUAAAAUAGUUACAUAAGUUUUUCUUAAUUUUGAAUUUUGUAUUAAAUUCAAUUUAAAAAAGAUCUGAUACUGGGAACGGGUGUUGGUGUCUGUUGUAAGUGGGUAGUUGAGAAGAUGGGAUACAUAACAUUGUUUAAUUUAUACCUGCAAUAACCAAUAUACAGGUUUUGUCAAAAUGUGAUUUUAAAAUCAUUUUACAUUACACUACUUUUUUUUUUUUUUACCACUAAGUACUGUAUAUUAUAAUGAACAACCUGUCAAAUUUGCAAGCAUUUGUGUUUAGUCUAACAAUUUUAUCCAUAAAGUAUCUACCAAAUAAAAACUACGUAAAAACUUGCAAAAUUAAAAUGUCUACAGCUCAAAAAUGGCUCACAUAUUUUGAAAAAGUCUGAAAAAAGUAAAUAUAAGUUUUCUGUCAAAAUUUCAAGCCUACGGAUAUUUUAAACUGAAUUACAUUAAAAACAAAAUUUAAAAUAAUAAAAUAAUUUAUUAUUUUCGUACAUUUUUCCCCUUUUCGGUUUUGCUCAGUAACUAAAAAAAUUAUAAAGAAAAUCAAAAAAUUACUUUGUUGGUCACCAAAUAAAUUAAAAACUUAACAAAACAGGUUUCUUGUUUUUUUUUUCUAUUGGAGCGAUAUUUUUGGUAGAAAACAUAAACAAUUAAAAUUUAAAAUAAAGGAAUGCUUUAGCAUUCUCUCUAGUACUCUAGUGCUCCCCCGUCUAUAACUGCGACAUUGGUGUUCGCUAUUUAGUGGAGGUUCAGUUUGAAGUUUAAAAUCCUCGUUUAAUUUUGAGGUGUCACUGAAUAUACUGUAAUAUUUUGAAAUAGAAUUGAUAACUUAAAUAUCCAUAAAACGAAUACACCAACGUUCAUUUAUAUGUUAAAUGGAUGUUUUUAAUCCAUAUGUAAUGUUUAUACUUUUAUAUAAUUUUAACAUUAAAUCAAUAUCUCUUACCUACCACAUUAUAUUCAUAUAAAUAUAUAAACACCUCGGAAUUUUGAACGUUUCUAUAAAAAUAAUGAUACAAAUAAUAAGUGCGUGGUCACGAGUCGUCAACGGUCUAUCGAUCAACCACUUUACCGGUGUGUUGUCGAAAAAACUAAUUCCGUCAGGCGUCUAUCCCCUAUACCGCACUGCCUAUGAUCACUCGGAUAUCCUUUACAAAUUGUCAUCAAUUAUUAUGCAAAAAUAUAAAAUAAUUAGCUCUGACGAUAAAACGACGUCAACGAUGAACGGCUUCGAAUCCACUGUUGCGUUGCAAAAUAUACAAAUAAUUAGCAAGUCAACUUAUGAGGAUAUUUAAUGUUAAAGUUAUGUUAAUAUAAUGUCAAAUUAACAAUUAUUUUUAAUGUUUUUAGUAAUUUGAAAAAAUUUGUAUAACAUAGAUACAACAAUACAAAGCACAGUGGGUAGCGCCGUUAACUUUUUAUUUUACAUUUUUUUAUGGUUUUUUUCAAUUAUUACAAAAACUACCAGAAAAAUCAAAAAACCAAUUACUUAUUAACGAUUAAGAUUAAAAAUUUAACAAAAAAGAUCUCUUAUAAUUUUUUUUAUUAGAGCAAUAGUAAUAGUAAAAAACAUAAGCCGUAAACAUUUUAAAUAAUGAAAUCGUUGUAAUAGCACUGUAAUUUGAAAAAUCACAUAAUUCGUCUUUUUGAUUAUCCUAGUUAUAUUAUGAAAAAUACUUUAGAUAUCAAAAGACUUUCUUGUGUGUGACUAUAUUAAAAGGGAAAAAAGUGAUCUCUUCUUAUGUUUCAAUAUCUGUUAGCAACGAUAAAUCAUUAAUAUUCUGAAUAGGGCAAUGACAGCCUUAUAUUUCUCCAUAAAACGUUAAAUAGUUACUAAUCAAAUAGAUAAUUGUUUAAAUGUUUACGAUUUGUAAAUGAUAAUUGAAUACUAAUAACAGAUAAAUGCACUUUUAAAAUGCAGUAAAUGCAAAUAAUCGGUUGACAUAUGAAUGUUUUUGGACUUUUUAUAUUCAUAAUUUUGUUAAUAAAAUGUGGAAUAAAGAAUAAUAUUAAAAUUACGAAAUCAGAACUAAAGUGGAACGUUUAAUAAAAAUGUGUUUAAAAACCUGACUAGACUUAAAAUUUAACGGGACCAAUCAAAACUCAUUUAACGCAUCUAAAUCAUUUCUAUUCAAGAUAAAAUUUGUUCAUCACCUCAAGUAUUUUAAAUUAUAAACUUUACUUCGUUACAAAGGGCGGAAGAAUACUUCUAGGGAGCUUAAAUAAGGCUUACAAUUUUUGUUGAAAAAAAUAAAGCGGUGUCGAAAAAAAAAACAUCAUCACCCAAACUAAGAACUCUCGUCCCCUAUAUUUCCUAUACCCACAACACAAAAAUAGUAUUCAUAAGAUAAUUAUAUAAUGAAUUGCAUACAUUGCUUACUAUAAUAAUAAAUUAAGAUCUAUAUAUUUUUAGACCACUUUAUACAUUUACUUAUUACAGCCUCCAUUUUCUGUCGGAGUUAAAUAAUUAUAAAUUGUAUUUAUUUUUAUCAAUAUGUAACAGAAGUUUUUUUUGAUUUGAAUUAGGUAUUGUGGAAGACUGCUGGUGGACCGGAUGCCAGUCGAGCGCUUGGUUGGUGACGGGAUGUAAUCAAUACCACCGGACUCAAAAAAACGUUAAAACGUGUACAGGCGGUUCGGAGUACUAUUGUUGUGCCAAUGUUGGGUUACAACAGCCCGUCGGCGAUUGUUGGUGGACAGGCUGUCAGUUGAACGAGUGGCAAGUUAAGGGAUGCGAUAACUACAAUAGAACGGAAACGGACCGCGAAGAGUGCCCAGACGGGAUCAAGUAUAAGUGUUGCGUGGGUAACGUCGCUGUUCAUCUCCCGAGCACCAGUUUACCAAACGACAAAUGCUGGUGGACUGGUUGUCAGCCGAACGACUGGAUGGUAAAGGGCUGUGACAGCUAUAAUAGAACAGAAACGGCAAGGGAACAUUGCCCAAACGGGUUCAAGUAUAAGUGUUGUGAGGAAACAACCGCAGUCCAUCAUAUGAAACAGAGUUCAACGAAGGAGAAAUGUUGGUGGACCGACUGCCAACCGAACGAAGGGUUGGUUAAGGGUUGUGAAAGCUACAACAGCACGAAAACUGCAUGGGAACAAUGCCCCGAAGGGAUCAAGUACAAGUGUUGUAUGGAAGUACAUGAGGCUAUCCAUCUCCCAGAACCAAAUCUACCGAAAGAAGACUGUUGGUGGACAGGUUGUCAGCUGAACGAAUGGUUAGUCAAGGGCUGUGACAGCUAUAAUCGAACGGAAAUGGCUCGGGAACAAUGUCCAGACGGGUUAAAGUAUAAGUGUUGUGUGGGAACCACAGCUGUUAAUCUCCCAGAACCGAGUUCACCGAAAGAAGACUGUUGGUGGACAGGUUGUCAGCUAAACGAAUGGUUAGUCAAGGGCUGUGACAGCUAUAAUCGAACGGAAACAGCUCAGGAACAAUGUCCAGAUGGGUUGAAGUACAAGUGUUGCACCGGAAUAUCUGCGGCCAUUCACCUUCCGGAUCCCAGUUUACCAAAGGAGGAAUGUUGGUGGACCGGCUGUCAGCCGAAUAACUGGUUGAUAAAGGGCUGCGAUAGCUAUAAUCGAACGGAAAUAGCACGGGAACAGUGCCUAGAUGGGUUUAAGUAUAAGUGUUGCGUGGGAAUCACGGCUGUUCAUCUCCCAGAACCAAGUUUACCGAAAGAAGACUGUUGGUGGACCGGUUGUCAGUUGAACGAAUGGUUGGUUAAAGGCUGCCGCAAUUACAACAGAAUUGAAAAAGAACGGGAACAGUGCCCGGAUGGAUUCAAAUACAAGUGUUGCACAGGUGAAACUGCGGUCUCUCCCAUCCUCACUGCUGUUACUCGUCUUCCAUAUUUGAGUUCUGAGCCGGAAGAAAAAUGCUGGUGGACUGGCUGUCAACUGACAAAAUGGAACAUACGCGGAUGUCCAUCGAAUACCGUGCAGACCGGUACCCACGCCUGUCCUCGCGGUGAUUUGUACCAGUGUUGUCUGCCAAGAAAAAAAUCUACCGUCAGUGAUAGGUAAGCCCCUAUCUAUACCUUAGUGUUUUGCUGGGUUGUAUGAGACCUUUAAUUUAAUCAUUUAAUAUGAUUUAUUGUAUUACUAAACAAUUCAAGGCAGCCAUUUGGGUUGCACAAAAUGCUCAUUAAAUAAAAUGUAAUGAUAGUUUAUAAUUUGUUUAUCUGGUUGGAUGUUGAUUUACUAAUUUUAUCACUAAAAAAUGCUAUAAAUUAUUGAAAAUCGUAAUUUUAAUUGCAACUAAUUUAAAAUUAACAGAUUAUUCCAAUAUAAAUGAAUAAAUAAAUAAAUAAGUAUAAAUGAAAUACAUAAAUACAUAUGAAAAUUGAAUCAUCGUAAGAAAAAUAUAAUUUUAUGAUAGACAAAUAGAGUAAUAAGACUAUAUAUACCAAUGUUUAAAAUUUAAAGAACAAAAUUUGGACUUAUUUUUUAGUAAAUUUUUUAGCUCGGGUUUAAAGGACCACCAAACGUAAUAUUUAAUGAAUUUAUAAUAAUUAGCUCAAAUGGAUUGUUCAACGUUUAUGCAAGUAUACAACCCAGCAUUAGACACUUAGCAUUUGAAAACCAUUUUAAUGAAAAUAAAACUAUUUUAUUUUUAUAAUUUAUAUUACAUGUGUCUACAUACAGUAUGGUUAACAGAAGGAAGGACUAUCGGAAGUAACCAAUCUUACAUUUAAUAUUAUUAAAAUAUAAUAAUAUUCAGAUCGACUGUCAAUCAUCGAACUCGUGAUCUCAAACGCUCCAAAUUACGUCUAAGAUUAUAAACUCCUAAAUGUAUAAUUUUAGCAUACACAGAUUAAAAUAUGUAUGCCGAUUAAACGUUGUCGUUUAAUUUUUUUAAACAACAUUAUUCUAUUGUGUAGUUAAAAAGUAUGAUUUUCGUAAAUCAGAUUAUGAUUCUAUGAAUAAACCUCUAAAACAUG